CAAGAUGUGCUAUGCUGAGGAGAGCGCAGCGAGUUCCCCAUAACUCAUAAAUGACCCCUUCGCGUUAUUAAUCCGUCUCAUAUCCGCGUGACAUUUUAAGCGUGAGCUUAAUUGUGAGGCUUGGCUUCUCAGGACACUCCGAGACCAGGAACUGGACGUCUCCUUGGCCUUAUCUUGCAAACGCAAGAGAGCAUGAGCUAGCUAGAAGACGUAAAGGUUACUUUGGACACAUUCUUGCGGUGGGAAGGCAGGUCGAAGUUGGGGUUGGGGCAUGGGGCGGUGUCGUAAGGCGCGGCAUUUAGUCGCCUGGAAGCACCUUGUCGCCUUGCUUCUUGUGCAGUUCAUUAGUUUACUCAUACACUAAUAUAGGAGCCAUAGGAGCUACUAUUCUGAGGGCGCGCGUUCCCAACAUCACGCGUUGCUGACCCCUCGUUGGCUCAUACUCGCUCAAACUCAGUCUCCUGCUAGCCGGGCGCAGUCAGGGUACAUCUUAGCGUUCGCCCAUGGCGAUGCCCCGCCACGGGCGGCGGCCUGCGCGCUGCUCAAGUAACCGCGCCUCACAAUGGCUGCUGCUUGUCCUUGGAGUCGCGCUUGCCGCCUCGCCUCGCUUCCUGCUAUUGGUCGAAGCAGCAACCUAUACCUUGACACUGGACAAGCUCGGCCCGACCGUGAACCCGACCACGUCCGACGCUGUCACUUUCACGGCCACCGUCGCGUCCCCUGAUUCCACCACCGCCGUGUUCUUCACGCUCGAUUAUGGCGAUGGAGUUACUGCGGAAACGACGCGCACGACGACGGGCGCAUUGAGCACCACACCCACCGCUAAUCUGGUCUCGGCUGGCACGUACACAGUCACGUAUGCAAGCAUUGGAACCAAGUUCGUGACGCUUCGCUUGUAUGACAGUGCUGUCGCACCUGGCGUGUUACUGGCCUCGAAGACGGUCCCCAUCUAUGUUGAGGAUUCGACACUGACUGCGACGCUGCUCCAGUCAGGCGUUCCGCGCCUGAACCUGGCCUUCAGCGGCUUCAAGGGCCGCGUCAGUUCCUCGACCGCGAACCGCGCGGACAUGUGGGCCACUAUCCAGCUGGAUACUGCUCCGGGAGUCUUCGAAAGCUCGCGCAUCUUCAUCGGCAUUGCGCCCACUGCGAGCACGAAUUACGAUUUCGUCAUCCCUGACCAGGUUUACAACCUUGAGGGCGCAAAGACGACCGUCCUGCGGAUCUACGACGCCCCCGUCGGCGGUACCCUGCUGCGAACUUUCACCCCCGCGGCUGCGAAUGCUGUCUAUGUGGUGGACCCGUCCAAGUAUGUCCUGACCCUCACCGUGGGCCCGACCUCCGUCACCACAGCCGACCAAGUGACGUUUACUCAGACGACGACGGAGGUGUCUUACAGCGCCAGCGCGACCUCACCCAUCCUGCAGUGGAGGUUCAACUGGGACGACCCUUCAGUGGUUGAGACGCCGCUAGCGUAUCCUGACGCACUAACUGCCGCUAGCAACUUCCCGACUACCGCCACGGCCGUUUCCUCAGCUGCAGCCUCGACGUUCAGGUACACCUCCACCGGCAGCAAGAACGCCAGGCUUCGCCUAUAUGACGGCGCCAACAACGUGAUUGCGGAGAAGAUUGUGGUGAUCACGGUCAGCAACGCGGGCUACACAUUGGCCCUUGCCAAGACGACAGCUGAUCCUGUCACAACGGACGACACUAUUGCUUUCUCAGCUGGUGCGAAGCAUCUGUCCUCUACCUCCCAGGUUUGGUGGACUAUCGAUUACGGUGCCGGGGAGUCCUCGCCUCGCACCGCGCUCACCAUGACGAACGUCGGUGCCGCGGCUCCCAACGCUAUCGCUAGUUUGUCCAACCAGUACACAUCUGGCGGCACCAAGCUAGCUACCCUUCGCAUCUAUGACCGCGACGGUGUCGGAGCUAAUACCGGCCUCCUGCUGGCCUCUACCACGGUCACGUUUACGGUUACUCCAGUCUUAUACGCUUUGGAGAGCGCCGUGGAGCCGUUCAGCCCUAUCGCGACCGUGGCUGCGAAGUGGUCGUUUAGGAUUCAGCGCAGCAAGGCAACUCCUGCGGGCGUGACUGAGUCGAUCAAGUGCGCAUUCUUUGGAGCCGAUACAGGCACCGCCCCCGCUGACCUUGCAGCCUGGUUAACGGCCGCCAACGGUGCUGGUGGCCUAACGGCGACCAUUCUUCCUUCUUCCAUUCCUAGCGACAUUAUUUCAUUUACUCGCACUUACGCAGCAGCUGCAGCCAGCCUGCAGGGCAAGCUGCAGUGCUUCAUUGGCAGCACCCCGCUUUGGGACCCGUACUACCCAACACCCGUGUUCCAGGUCCUUGCUGCUGCCCCGACGUACACGCUUUCGGCGUCCGUUACUCCGGCGGUUGUUCCUGUUGACACUGCAACUUUGUGGACGUACAACAUCAUCCGCAGCGUGCCUGUGCCCGCUGGCGGGCCUUCCCUACCCAUCCUGUGCUCGUUCUGGGAUGGCAAGACCGGCGCUGCCCCGACAACGGAUGCGGGCUGGGCCGCGCUUGCGGGUUCCGCCAACGGCAAGGGCACGAGCAUGGCGCCUGGGUCGACAACGGCUACUUGCUCAUUCACGCCAUCCUACAGUACCACGGGCACCGCAACCCCCACGCUACAGCUGAUACAGAACAGCUUCGCACUCGACGCUGCGACUACCGUUGGGUUCCUGAGCCCUGUGUACACGGCACCUGCUUUCGCCACUGUUACGGCUGCUUCCUACACCAUCUCGUCAUACCUGAAUCCUGUAACACCUGUCGCUGGUGGUGCGGCUGCGGUCUGGAGAAUCGUCAUCACGCGUAAUGCGGCGGUGACGGCCUCAGCCAAAACCUUAACCUGCCAGAUGCCUGAUAAUGGGCAAGGCGGCAGCCCUGCCGAUGUCACAGCUGACAUUGCGGUUGGCGGCACCACGACUGUCUGCGUUUUCUCCAUCGCCGGCUACACAACGGCCACUCCCGGGCCUUACUUUGCCACGGUCAACGUUGUUGACGGAGCCGUGACUACGUCGCACAUCACGAAGAAUUUUACCGUGCUGGCGAGUGGCACGACUGCGCCGACCUACGCGGUCACAUCCGUCGUGUCACCAGCUACUCCAGUCAAGGUCAGCACGCCCGUCACCUACACCUUUACCAUCACUCGGACGACCGCUGUUCCAGCUGGCGGCAUCCCACAGCCCAUCAUCUGCGAGUUCUUCAAUGGCGAGGGCACAGCUCCCGCGAGCGCGGCUGCGUAUUGGCGAGUGUCUACGACCAUUCCUGAUGCGGAUACGGUGGUGGCAGUGAUGGCUCCGGGCGAGACCACCACUACCUGCACCUUCACCACUUACUACACGACAGUUUCUGCCGGUGGCUUCACGGCUAAGCUGAUGGUGUUCGGGGAGAGCGCCACCGCCGCGCCGCUACUUACUUCGUUGUCUGUCACGCCUUCACAGCUGCUUGCCGCCGUACACUCGUUCGCCACGCCCAUGGUGGUGGCUGCGGCUGUUGUCGCAGUCGAGUCAACGACGAUCAGUCCCAACUACAACCCCACCACGCCUUACACGAACAUCCCAACGUACUUCACGUUCACCCUCCUGCGUGAUCCUCCUGUUCCUCCUUCGGCCAGCUCGGGCGUCCAGUUUGCUUGCGCCCUUUACACCGGCCAGAAUGUCAACCCUGCAUCAGCACCUUCAGCCAUCACCGACGCAGUUUACAAGACUUUUACGGACGUGACGACUGCCGUUGCAACGGACGCCAACUAUUUCGCGGAUCAGCAGCUGCGCGUCGUCACCAUGGCGCCUGGCACUGGGCGGGUGUCGUGCACAUUUCCGACUCUGUAUGCCGCCGCUGGGCCUUUCUCACCCAAAUUUUUUGUCUUCGAGUAUGCCAGCUCAACGGUUGGAGCGAAUGCGUUGGCCGUCGCCGACACGGUGACUUCGUUGACCUCCUUCACGACUCAAGCGGCGCCCACGUUCAUUACUGGUCCUACCAACGUGCCUCAAAGGGUUCCAUUACCCAAAGGCUUCCGCACGACUUGCUUCGACGGGUACGAGCUCAUCUUCAGCAACGACAACUACACAAACGGUGUUCGUGUGGCGGUCGACGCCUACCCAUAUCCCGUUGGCCAGUGCCGCAAGUGCCCUGGCGGUACUGCCACCAUGGACGGCUACCGCUGCAUUCCCUGCCCCUCGGGCUACUGGAGCAAUGAGGGCGCCCGCGAGUGCACUGCCUGCCCCGCCGGCACCAUCGCCAAGCCCGCCGCGCUCACCGCUCGUGCCAAGUACAGCAUCGACCCCACGACCUACCAUUUCGUGACACACCUGGCGAUGGGCCCUGAGUCCUGCAAGAAGUGCCCCAAGGGGUACUUCCAGCCCAACAUUGCCGGCACCGUGUGCCUGCCCUGCCCCUCGGGAUUCGUGUCAACUUCUGGCGCUACGGGUUGCACUGCGUGCUCCGAGGGCACGUACCACACUGAUGGUGUUGGCACAACUACGCCGGGCGAGGCCACCUCUCUGGACACCACGGACACCUUUGGCAGCAUUUACCCCAUCAUUCCCAACACCUGCCGCCAGUGCCCGGCAAACACGUACCUGCCGCUGCGUGGCCAAGCAGCUAUUGCCAGUAUGAACCUGGCAGCCGUGUCCUCUGCAACACCGUGCCGUCCCUGCGAGGACGGCACCUGGUCUAAGGCGGGCGCUGCCGGCUGCCAGAAGUGUCCACCGGGCACCUACCGCAACACCUGGUUCAGUGGCCAGCUGGGCAGCCCGUUCAUCACUGCCGAUGGCGUGCCCGUUGCGACCACUCUCACGGAAUUAGGCAGCGGCUGCUCUCAGUGCCCGCCCGGGACAUACGCGCCCACGUUUGGCAUGUCUGUAUGCCUGCCUUGCCCAGCGGGCACCUUUGCCUCUGCCCCGGGUGCCACUGCGUGCCAGCAAUGCAAGCCUGGCACCAACAGCCUUAUGGGCGACCGUACUCAGCAGAUGGCGCUUGUCGUGACAAAUGCCGCGAACGAUUUUCCUGCCCUGCGCGCGUAUACCAUUUCUGGCAUGGUGGCUGGUCCUGCUUACGCCAAGCCCAUCGUGACUGGUCCGGAUACCAAUUUUUUCAUGGCUGGCAAGUCAGAGACCUGCUCUACCAACCUACCAGGGUACUACACCGAUGUGGACGGCCUGCCAAUUCAGCUUCCAUGCAAGCCUGGCACCUUCAUGCCGUUUGACACCGCAACUGCCAACCUGCUGGACACUGGCUUGACCGUGGACGGCACUCAAUGUUACACGUGCCAAACCGGAACGUUUAAUGACGAGUUCUCUCAACCUGUCUGCAAGGCAUGCUGGAGCGGGUCGUUUGCCAGCAAGCGCGGGCUCCCCACUUGCGAGAUUGCCCAGCCGGGUACUUUCACCAACGUCGCCGCGGCGGCGAACGCAACCUUCAAUACCGCGACUCUGAUCCCAACUGGUCUGGUGAAGGGUGCUCAGGCCCCGACCCCGUGCGGCAUGGGCUACUUCCAGUCCUCCGCGGAGACCACGACAUGCACAGCAUGCGCGGUGGGCACCUAUGCGGACCAGGCCGGUUUGGCCGCCUGCAAGCCGUGCCAGCCCGGCAGGUACCAAAACUCCAUUGGCCAGCGCGUGUGCAAGCCUUGCGACAUGGGCACAUACUCGCGUUACGGCGGCGAGCUCUGCACCAAGUGCCCCGCGGGCACUGUCGCAUCCAAGACCGGCAGCUCGCAGUGCACGCCCUGCGCGGCUGGCUUCUACGCCAACGCCCCUGAUUCGGCCACCUCUUGCCGCGCCUGCCCUCGUGGUUACUACGGUCCCUACUCGGGAGCGUACGCGGAUAACCUGGGCGACGAGUUUGAGGGCCCCCGCGGCUGCUACAAGUGCCCCUACGACUUCUUCGCCGACCGCCCCGGUGUGCGCCAGUGCACGGCCUGCCCGCCCCUGGACCUGGGCGGCGGCAACCUGGUGGAGCAGUGCACGGAGGACCUGGGCUCCCAGCGCUGCAAGCCCUGCUCGCUGCUGUCCAAGCCCAAGACCGCCCGCACGGAGCAGAGCCCGCCCCCGCCCAGCCCCUCGCCUCCUCCCCCCCCGCCGCCUUCGCCUCGCCCGCCCAGCCCCAACCCCCCGAGCCCCCGCCCGCCCAGCCCUGCUCCUCCUUCGCCGAACCCGCCGCCCACUUCGCCGCCGCCUUCCCCGCCGCCCAGCCCGCCGCCUCCUCGUCCUCCUCCUCCGCCGCCGCCCCCACCCAGCCCGCCGCCCCCCAACCGCUCUCCGCCUCCGCCUCCUCCUGCAAGCUCUGCAAUCAACCCUGGCGGUGGCGUGAACCAGAAUGGUGACCCCGUAGGCCACCGCCGCGCCAUCCUCUCGCUCAUGGAGGACGAGGAUGCUGAGGCUGCCCAGGAGGAGCAGGCUAUCGUCGACGUGGAUGCUGAGAUGCAGCCGCAGGACGACGAGUAGGCUACAACGAGUAGGCUACUAGACGGACGGUACGAAAAUGAUACGUAGGCUUCUAGGGGGGAAGCAUAGAACGCGCUCGGCUUCUGAAAGGAAGUGUGUGAUUAAGGGGGUAUGUACCAGAGAAAGACGUGCGCUUUACUUUUUGCCCUACCUUCCGCCUACCUGAGCGUGCGACUUCAUUUGUGUCUUGGUUUCUCGGUUUCUCGGUUUCACGGAGGCCGUAGGGCACCGCCUGACGGGCAUGCAUGCAUGCGCUGCUGUGUGGCUCCUCCAAGGUUGUAGCUGUGUAGCAGAGGCGGGUGUCAUCCUAUGCGCGCGUGAGGUGCGGAGGUACGUGUCAGCAUACGCCUCUUCUCCUCGAGCCCCCUGGCUUAAAUGUAAUUGCUGCCCGCCGCGUUUGGCGGGUAGUUGGGUUUGGUGGGUGAGUAACGGCCCCUCUUCAUGCGUUCAUUCAUCUCACAACGAACAUGCACACGGAUGCGUGCGUAGUUAUCUUCUCGUUUACACGGACGUGGCGGGCGCGUGGAUUCUGGCGAAGGUCAAAUCAAGCUGUGGUGCUUGCCGGUGCGAACUGGUGACGUGCCGUUGCGGUGGCGUUUGUGCUUGGCUGGGCGGCGCACUGUAGCGGCUGGGCGUGACGAUGAUUUAUGUGCUGCAUUCGCGCUCUCUAAUAAAUUCGCCGAGCUCUUGAGAACUUGAACACGUGGCGACCAUUCAACUAGCUUAUCCGACUGCGUGACACGGACUGUGGAUGUAACUCACCAACGUGAGACUGCAAUACUGCUCCACUGAGGUCGUGCCCGAGUUGUAUAUGGUGAUUGGGUUAUCAGCAAGCCAGCAAAUAUACGGGCACUCGUUGUCGGGAGGCGCUUGUGCAACUAUCAGGAGGUGGGGGUGGAAUGGAUCAGGCCAGCAUGGGUGGGUGUGCGAUGGGACAGUGGCAAGGCAGGUUGGUAAAGUCCCGUAGGGUGCAGCUGAUUCCCAGAACCCAGCAGAUGGCAAACAAUUUGCAACGGCAGGGCAGGAGUACGCGGCCGGCCAGCAUGGGUGGGCUGUGAGGAUUCGAGAACACGCCAUUAAGAGCAGUAGCAUCCCGAUCAACAUCCCGCUUACCGUAGUCUGGUGCUGUUGCCUGGCCGGGCGGCAAGCUUUCAAAGGCCAGAGCGUGAGGAAUGCACACCGUACAAGCUUGCAUACAGGAACCUUGGCAGGAACUCCGGCGUUCCAGCAGCCGUGUGCCCACCCUUGCUUCUGCACCUUGACUGAUGAAUGCUCACUGCGACAAUUCCCUGUUCGGG